AUGAACGUAAUCAAAAAACUAAACCCAGUUGGGAAGUCCAUGCCGCCGCCCAAUAACUUUGACGUAAAAGAAUAUGUCAACAGAACACGACGAGAUGCGGGCCUCGCCACAACUGCCGAAGCAUUCGAUGGGUCGGAUUCGCCUUUGGUUGGAGACAUUAGUCCACUUUUUCAUGCCUAUGCUUCUACAAAACGCUUUGAGGCUCUGUUCGACACGUACGAGUUCACAGAUUUUGCUCAAGUCUUACACUGGUAUAAUCAACUUCCUCUCGAAAAAAGACUUUCAACCAAUCAGCUCGAGAUAAUCAGAGGGCUCGUUGUUAAACCUGACCUCAUUACCGCGCAACUGAGAAUUCCCACAUACCGAGAGGUGCUUGAUGAGUGGUUUGGUAUUUUCAACGACGCUUUUUUCUUUGGAGCUCUGGAGAAGAAGCCAUUCAAAAUCCUUACUGAAAAGCCAUGGCCACCAAAAUGUAAGCAACUAGAAGACAAAGCCAACUCCACUCCAACAUCAUCAAACAAGAAACAUCUUAGUACAGUCAUCACGAUCAAUGUACAUCACUUUGUCCCGGUUCAUGGCCAUGAUAGACCACAGGAGCAUUGCCAGGAUAUCCUAAUUAUGCUUCUACAUGAAAUGCUUCAUGAAUUCAUGUCAGUAUUUGGUCGCACGUCAAAGAACAAUAGAUCACAUGGUCCAGAGUUUGCCAACUGUAUGGUCUUGCUUUUGAAAGCGCAAUGGAAUAUGGUAGAACGGUCGCUAGAUUCCGAAGGGCGGACAACGAAAUUGAUUCCGAAGGACCUCCCAAAGUACAAGCAGCUGCCUAAAAAGACUCUGCUUGGUCUAUGGAGAAUUACAAUUCUCGAAAACGCUGGGCGCAAGAAUAUGUGCAGCCGCAAACGUUACCUCAAGGCUGAGGACGACGAGGGCAAGGAUGGCGAACAUGAAGAUGACAAAGAUGUUGAUGAAGUAGACGAGAACGACGCAAAUCCUGGAUUCUACCAUGACACGUGGGAAAGCGAAUCGGAAUCAGAUGAGACCAAUAAUUGA